UCAGCUUUGCAUUAUUAUUUCCUUUUUUCUUUUUUAUUAAAAAAAAUGCUAUUUCAAUUGAAACACUUGCAUCCUAGAUAUAAUAUACUAAAAAGUCUAAAAAAGUUUAAAAAAUUGUGUACUGAUGAACCAGCUAUUAUUUUAGGAAUUGAAAGUAGUUGUGAUGACACUGGCUGUGGUAUUGUAGAUAGCAAUGGAAAUAUUUUGGGUGAAGCAAUUAAUUCACAAUAUUUAUUACAUUUGAAAUAUGGAGGUAUAAUACCUACAAUUGCACAAGAUAUGCAUAGACAACAUAUUACAGAAGUAUGUGAAAAAGCAUUGAGAUCAGCAAAUUUAAAAUUAAGAGAUAUAGAUGCUAUAGCAACUACUGUAAAGCCAGGUCUUCCAUUAUCCCUUCAAAUAGGUGAAAAGUUUGGAAAAUAUAUAGCACUUCUUGGUAAAAAACCAUUUAUACCUAUACAUCAUAUGCAAGCUCAUGCACUUACAGUUCGUAUGAUGAAGAAGGUAGAUUUUCCUUAUCUUGUACUUUUAAUAUCAGGUGGUCAUUGUAUGCUUGUAGUUGUUCACGAUGUACAGAAAUUUGUUAUGCUUGGUUCAUCGAUAAACAAUGCACCAGGAGAAAUUCUAGAUAAGGUUGCUCGCAGACUUAAAUUGAACAAUAUAACAGAUUUUAAAAAUAUGAAUGGAGGUCAGGCAAUAGAAGCAGCAGCAUAUAAGGCAUCUAAUAUAGAUCAGUUUAUUUUUAAUGAUUCUAUGAAAUCAUAUAGGGAUUGUCAAUUUAGUUUCUCUGGAAUAUUAUCAACAUGUAUGCAGCACAUUGCUGAACAAGAGGAGAAACAUAAUAUCGCAGCUGACAAGAUUAUACCUGAUGUUUAUAAUUUAUGUGCUAGCUUUCAAUUUGCAAUUACAAAACAUCUUUGUCAUAAAACGCAAAGAGCAAUAGAAUUUCUUGAUCAAAUUAACUUAAUUCCCGAGGACAAACGAACAUUGGUAAUAUCAGGAGGUGUUGCAUGUAAUAAUUUUAUAGCAAAAGCUUUGGAUAUUAUAUGUUCUGAACGAAACUACAAACUUGUUAGAACACCACCAAGAUUAUGUACUGAUAAUGGUGUCAUGAUAGCUUGGAAUGGAGUAGAGAAGUGGAUUUCAGGUAUUGAUAUACUUAGAAGUGAAAGUGAGAUUAAAAAUGUAAAGAUAGAAAAAAAAGUACCCAUAGGAGAAGAUUGGACGAAAAAAGUACAACUUUUAAAAUUAAAAUGCAAAGAAAUAAAGAUAAAAAAAAAACUUUUUAUGGACUCAACUAUAUAAAUUAUAUAUAUUGUAUGUACAUUUAAUAUAUAAUAAUUAUUUUAUUCAUAUAUAAAAUUGUUUUUUUAAUCUAGAAAAUUUUUUAUAUAAAUUUAUACAAGUGUAGGGCCAUAUUGCUUUACUUGCUGUUUUAGUUUUUCAUGUAACUCAGAAUUAGAUACAAUUUCUUUGUUUAAUAUUAAAUCUUUUUCUUGAUUAAUAUCAAGUAUACUUCGUAUUUUCUCUUUAAUCAUUUCAAUUUCAUUUUUCUUUUUUAAAGCCAAUGAUGCUGUAACAAUAUCAUCAAAUUCUAUAACAUGAUUAGGUCUUAUUUCUUCCGGAUAUUCUGAAACAACAUUUGCUAAAUCUUCCAACUUGUCUUUUAUAUCAUCAUAAAUUUUAUCAGCAUUAUCUGUAUCCAUCUUAUUUAUUAUAAGCAUAGAAGAUGUAUCUAACAAAUCUGGUUUGUACAGUUCAAUUUCUUUGUUUAGUAAAAUAAUUGUUUCUAAAAAGGUUCUAUAAGGACUAUGUACGGAUAAUUGGAAACCUUGAAUAUCUACAAUAAAUAGAAGUAACUUUGUUCUUUCUA